AUGGUAUCUAAUGUUCCCACUUCGAAUAUGCCUUCUACCUCUCCGAAGGCGAAUACAAGUAUUGGAAGCCACCGAAUACUCCUCAGAGCUCAAUUCCGAUCUCAACUCAAGCCAAGUCCGGAUGAUUUCUUGCACAGCGAAGCGAAUCAGCUAGGGGUAUGCCGUACACCACAACCUAGACCCCAGAAGAAUCACAACGCAUACGCAAUAUCCAACAUCUACACAAUCGGAAGGUACGAAGAGGAGAUAGGAAUAUGGAAGGUGAACGUCAACAUGGUCGUGCCGCAGCAGUCAGGCGAAUCGCCUGAACGAGGUUGGGCGGCCAUGAACCCUGUAGCAAGCAGCACGAAAGAGAUGGGACCUUGCUCUCGCCGCGACACACUGGACGACCACUUCGGCGACUACAAUUGGCGGAAAGUGGCAACGUUACAUAUUACGCUUCUUCGUGGAGUCCAAGAAGCUGUCGAAAUGCGCUCUGAACAUGUGGGGAACUUUCUGGACUUCAGUAACUCGUUGCCAGCAGCAAUCGUUCAACAAUUCUACUGUCUCGUUCGCCAAUGGGAAGCUGGGUUAGCGGUGACAAAUCCAUAUGAGGCAAAAGUUGAAGCAAUCUCUAUCAAGAAAAUCAGAUUAGAGUUAGCUGAGGAAGAAGCCUCAAUGAUCCGGCGUGACGAAGACCUUGGGAUUCAUGACACCGUCGGCCCCACGAUCUUCAAAGCUUAUGACUUCAAGACACAUUCCAUUAGCCAACCGGGCGCACUAGUCAUGGCAAUCCAGGCUGUGAAACGCGCCUUGUUUUAUCAUCGCAGCGGUGUUAAAGAACCCAAUCCCCGCGAUACUCUGUCCCACUUGUCACAAUCCAACUGGGCCGACCACGUAGAAACUACUACAGAUAGUUACGGCAAUACAAUCACAAAAGCGUUCCAAAUACAUCUUCGAUCCUCAAGCUUGUCCUCCAGCUCAAGGAGAAACGAUGGGAGAAGAUGGCUGGAACAGUAUUUUUCCGCAUACAAUGGAGUGAAUGGACAAUUCACUCUGGAGACGCUUGAGAAGGAGGCUGAUAAACUGAUUACUGACUUGAACGCUGUCUUCCCGCAUCAACUUCCGCAGAAUGUCGAUCCUGGCUUCAUUCUCUCAUUCUACUCAUAUCCGAUGGGUCAUGCUUACGCUGCAAAAGCCUUUUUGUCGCUCGAAGAUGGCGAAGAGGGCCAAUCAAAGAAAUGA